AUGGAUAAAGCACUGAAAGAAGUGUUUGACUACAGCUAUAGAGAUUACAUCCUGUCCUGGUAUGGGCAACUCAGCAGAGAUGAAGGGCAGCUGUACCAGCUGCUAUCUGAAGACUUCUGGGAGAUUGCCAAGCAGCUGCGACAGAGGCUGAGUCACGUUGAUGUAGUUAAAGUUGUCUGCAAUGAUGUAGUGAAAGCUUUACUCUCACACUUCUGUGACCUUAAAGGAGCCAACGCCAGGCAGGAGGAUCCACCAAGACCUUUUUUGCUGCACCCAUGCUUGAGGAACUCUGAUGAAGAAGUAAGAUUCCUGCAAAAAUGUUCUCAAAUUCUGGUGUAUUGUCUCCUACCCGCAAAGGAUGUCCAGUCUGUCAGCUUGCGCAUAGUCCUUGCAGAAAUACUUGCAACAAAAGUACUGAAGCCAGUGGUGGAACUGCUGAGUGAUCCAGAUUAUAUUAACCGAAUGCUACUUAGCCAGCUGGAAUACAGAGAACAGAUGAAUGAACAUCAGAAGAAAGACUACACAUAUGCUCCUUCUUAUGAGGAGUUCAUCAAGCUCAUUAACAGCAGCUCCGAUGUUGAGUUCCUGAAACAACUGAGGUAUCAGAUCGUAGUGGAAAUAAUUCAAGCAACCACAAUCAGCAAUAUUCCCCAAGUGAAGAGGCAGAAAGGAAAAGAAACUGCGGCAAUGAAAGCUGACCUACUGAGGGCUCGCAAUGUGAAGAGGUACAUUAAUCAGCUGACUGUGGCAAAGAAGCAAUGUGAGAAGAGAAUAAGGCUCCUGGGAGGGCCUGCUUAUGAUCAGCAGGACGAUGGCCCUCAGAGUCAGAAGAUUCUUCAGUUUGAAGAAAUUUUAGCUAACCCUUCAUACCGAGAGCACUUCCGAAUCUACAUGGAAAGGAUGGACAAGAUGGCUUUGAUUGGUCUUUGGGAGUCUGUGGAGUACCUGAGGAACGCUACCAAGGCUGAAAUUCCUCAACUGGUGAGUGAAAUUUAUCAGAAUUUUUUUGUGGAAAGCAGAGAAAUACCUGUGGAAAAAUCCCUUUAUAAAGAAAUACAGCAAAGUCUUGUGGGGAAUAAAGGCAUUGAAGUAUUCUACAGAAUCCAGGCAGACGUUUACGAAACUCUAAAGGACAGAUACUACCCCUCAUUCAUUGUCAGUGAUUUAUAUGAGAGAUCAGUCAAGAAGGAAGAAGAAAGAAGUUCUGCUCAGCUAGCUCCUGAGGACAAAGAUGAAGUGGUGAGUCAGACAAGCCAAGGUUGCGAAGAAGCUACUGAAGAAUGCAGUGCAAGAAUUAAUGAACAGGCCAGUUAUGCUGUAAAUAAACUUCGCCAGCUAAAUGACAAGCUUGAGUAUAAGAAACAGGCUCUAAAUUCCUUAUGUAAUUCACCAAAACCUGACAAAAAGAUUGUUUCUAAGCUGAAGGAUGAAAUUACUCUAAUGGAGAGAGAGCACAGUGACCUUCAGUUGCACAUUGCAAGAACAGACUGGUGGUGUGAGAAUCUUGGCUUGUGGAAAGCCUUCAUUGUCUCAGGCGAGGUUUUAGAAGAGAAUGGAGAACAAGUGCCCUGUUACUCUGUCAUGGUGAGUUUACAAGAUGCUGGUGGAGCUGAAACUAAGAACUGGACUGUUCCCAGGAAGCUCAGCGAGUUUCAGAACAUACACCGGAAACUCAGUGAGUGUUUUCCAUCAUUAAAGAAAGUUCAGUUGCCUUCCCUUAGCAAGCUGCCCUUCAAAUCCAUAGACCAGAAAUUCAUGGAGAAAUCCAAGAACCAGCUUAACAAUUUUCUGCAGAAAUUGCUCUCUGAUGAAAGACUCUGCCAGAGUGAAGCACUUUACGCCUUCCUGAGUCCUUCCCCAGAGCACCUCAAAGUUAUUGAUGUGCAAGGAAAGAAGUCGUCUUUUUCACUCUCCUCAUUUCUAGAACGUCUUCCUGGUGAUUUGUUUUCUCAUCAGGAGGAAGAAACAGAAGAGGAUAGUGACCUGUCCGACUACGGAGAGGAGGUGGAUGGGAAAAGAGACUCUCUUGCUGAACCGUGCAUGCUGAUUGGAGAGAUUUUUGAGCUGCGAGGAAUGUUCAAGUGGGUCAGAAAAACAUUAAUUGCACUAGUACAAGUCACUUUUGGAAGAACUAUCAACAAGCAAAUUCGUGACACUGUACAUUGGAUGUUCAGUGAACCAAUGCUUGUUUACUACAUUGGCGUGUUUCGAGAUGCUUUUUGGCCAAAUGGCAAGUUAGCACCACCACCAAGAGCCAAGAGCGAUGAACAAAAGCGUGAGACAAAACAGAGAGCACAGCAAAAACUACUUGAAAACAUUCCAGAUACUCUGCAGAGUCUUGUUGGACAACAAAAUGCCCGCCAUGGUGUAGUGAAAGUGUUCAAUGCAUUGCAAGAAAGAAAGGCAAACAAGCAUCUACUCUAUGUUUUGCUGGAACUGCUGCUAACUGAACUGUGUCCUGAGCUAAGAGCUCAUUUAGAGCAGCUUAAUGCCACUUAGGUUUGAAUCUGCACAACUGGACCACUAGAGAAAUGUCUAUGUCCAAUAAUAGACAUGAAACUUAUUUUCCUCUAUUCCAUAGAGGGCUGAGGACUAUGAUUAUUUUUAGCGUUUUUCUUUCUUCUUGAGUUUUUUGUGAAGUAAACAGACUUGAAAAGAUCUGAUGCUGUAGUAGGGUAGACAAGACAAUGCUGUAUAGUUGCCAAUUUUUAUUUAAAUGGUUCUAUUUGACUACUCUUCUGUUUGAAAUAUAGAUUGAAAAAUAAAUGUUCAUAUAAGCUGAAAGAAACCAGAAAAUAUUUUAAACAUUUAUGAAAAGAAAUUUUGCUCAUAGUGGUAAACUAAUGAAUGUUGUACAGUUCUAAUCUCCUCACUGAGGAUUUGAGCAUUCCUUUUUUCUUGUGUAUUGAAAAAGCCUUGUUGUGCAAUACUACAUGUAAAGCUAUUGUGAAAAUUUUAUCAAUUUUCUUUUUACCAAAGAUUUCCUGUAGUUUGAAGCAUUUGUAAGCAAUAAAUAACCCAGCUGGAUUGCAGUACUUGAUAAUGAGGCUGUACUGACAACUAAUGAAUGCGUUUGACAG